UUAAACACGGCACCAGAUCAUUAACCCAAGUUGGCGGUUGGCCAUCGUCAUCGACGGGAGGAGGAGGAAUGGAAUCCCGCGAGCGAUACGCCAUCGGCGGCCUGCCUCAGGCUCAGGCUGAGCCGUCCACCGGCCUCAAGCCCGCCGGCGGCCGCGGCGGGUGGCCGGCGGCGCUCUUCCUCAUCGCGGUCGGGUUCUUGGAGCGCACCGGGUUGUACGGCGUGCAGGGCAACCUGAUCAUGUACUUCACCGGCCCGCUGGGCAUGUCGACGGCGGCGGCGGCCGCCGGCGUGAACGCGUGGGCAGGGACGGCGUAUGUGAUGCCGCUGCUCGGCGCGAUGGCCGCCGACUCGUGGAUCGGCCGGUACCGGGCGGUCGUGACCGCCGGCGUUCUGUAUCUCCUGGGCCUUGGGAUGCUGACAGUCUCAUCCAUGCUACCACCCGUCCACGAUCAGCCGGCGCCCUGCCAAGACGAUGCAGCCGUCGUGUGCUCGUCGCCGGCGGCACCCGCCGGCCGCGUGGCAUUCUUCUAUGUCGGCCUGUACCUGCUGGCGCUAGCGCAGGGCUUCCACGGGCCGUGCGCGGAGGCCAUCGGCGCCGACCAGUUCCCGGAGAGCAGCUCAGCGCGCGUCGCGUCCCGGAGCUCCUUCUUCAACUGGUUCCACUUCUCCAUGGCGUGGGGCUACGCCGUCUCGUCCGCCGGGAUGAGCUACGUGCAGGACAACGUCGGCUGGCCCGUCGGGUUCGGCGCCUGCUGGGCCGUGAUGCUCGUGUCCCUGUCCGUCUUCUUGCUCGGCACGGGGACCUACCGCCCGGAGGAGCCGCGACGCGGCGCCAGGACGUUCGCCGAGACGGCGAAGGGGUGGACAGCCGUUGUGUUGCGCCGCGGGGACGCCAUGGACGACACGACAAGCUUACUCACGCCGUCGCCGAGUGGCCGUGGUGCUGACAAGGGGAUUGUAGCUAAGCUGCUUCCGAUAUGGAUGACCAGUGUGGUGUACGCGGUCAUCAUAGCUCAGAUGACCACCUUUUUCACGAAGCAGGGAAGCACCAUGGACCGACGCAUCGACAUCGGCACGGGCGGCGCAGGCUUCGGCUUCGUCGUGCCGGCGGCGGCGCUGCAGUGCUUCGUCAGCGUCGCCGUCAUGGCCACCAUCCCGGUCUACGACCGCGCGCUCGUGCCGCUCGCGAGGCGCGUCACCGGGCAGCCCUCGGGGAUCACGACGCUGCAGCGCGUCGGCGCCGGCAUGGCGACGGCGUGCCUCGCCAUGGCCGUCGCGGCGCCGGUCGAGGCCGCGCGGCUCCGCGCCGCCAGGGACGCCGGCCUGGUCGACAGGCCGGGAGCCCCGGUGCCCAUGAGCGUGUGGUGGCUGGUGCCGCAGUACGCCCUGGUCGGCGUCGCCAACAUGCUCGCCCUCGUGGGCCUCGAGGAGCUCUUCUACGACCAGGUCCCCGGCGAGCUCCGCAGCGUGGGGCUGGCGGCGUGCACGAGCAUCAUGGGCGCGGGGAGCUACGUGAGCAGCGUGCUCGUGUCGGCGAUCGACUGGGCAACGAGGAGCAGGGGGGAGAGCUGGUUCUCCGACAACCUCAACCGUGCCCACAUCGACUACUUCUACUGCUUCUUGGUCGGGAUUAGUGCUUUAGAGGUGCUGGUGUUCCUGUAUUUUGCAAACGGUUAUGUCUACACCAAGAAUUGCGGUCCAGCCUUAUGUCUCCACCAAGAGCAUCCCCAAUACCGUAAAGGCGGCCGGCGCGGCGGCUGGCGCGCCGCGCGCUUCCUCAUCGCCGUCGGGUUCCUGGAGCGCGUCGGGUUCAACGGCGUGCAGGGCAACCUGGUCAUGUACCUGGCCGGUCCGAUGGGCAUGUCCACGGCGGCCGCCGCCGCCGGCGCGAACGCGUGGGCCGGGACCGUGCUGGUGCUGACGCUCGUCGGCGCGCUCGCCGCCGACUCGCGGCUCGGGCGGUACCGGGCCAUCUUGGCCGCCGCCGUGCUCCACCUGCUGAGCUUGGGAACGCUGACUAUCUCAUCGCUGACGCAAGCAACCGACCCUCACCCGGUGAGCUUUCAUGACGCCACCACCGCCUGCUCGUCGCCGCCGCCGCCGUCUCCUGCCCGCCUCGUCUUCUUCAACGCCGCGCUUUACCUGCUAGCGCUAGCGCAGGGCUUCCACAACCCGUGCUCCCUAGCCUUCGGCGCCGACCAGUUCGCGCCGAGCGACCCCAGCGCGCGCGCCUCCCGGAGCUCCUACUUCAACUGGUACCACUUCUUCAAUUCCUGCGGCUACGCCCUCUCCAACACCGUGCUCAGCUACGUCGAGGACAGCGUUAGCUGGACCGUUGGGUUCGCCGCGUGCUUGGCCAUGACGGCGGUGUACCUCCCCGUCUUCUUGCUCGGCACGCCGGCGUACCGCGCCGAGCAACCCGUCGACGGCGGCCUGCUUGCACAGCUCGCCGACAAGUACCGUGCGUGGACGGCGAGGGUGUUUCCCCGGAAGGAGGCCAUUUGCACAGAACGGCUUCUGGCGAAAGAAGAGGUAGAGGUAGAAGAUGGCAAUGGAUUCGUCGUCAAGCUGCUUCCGAUCUGGGUGACCAGCAUAGUGUUCGCCACCGUCGUCUCGCAGCAGAGUACUCUGUUCACAAAGCAGGGCAGCACAAUGGACCGGCGCAUCGGUGCGCGCGGUGGCGGGGGCUUCGUCGUGCCGCCGGCUGCUCUGCAGUUGGCCGUCAGCGUCACCAUGCUCACCUUGCUGCCGAUCUACGACCGCGCCCUCGUGCCGCUCGCGAGGCGCUUCACGGGGCACCCCGCGGGCAUCACCACGCUCCAGCGCAUCGGCGCCGGCAUGGCCGUAUCCUGCCUCGCCAUGGUCGCGUCGGCGCUCGCCGAGGCCAAGCGGCUCCGCGCCGCGCGCGACGCCGGGCUGCUCGACCGGCCGGACGCCACGGUGCCGAUGAGCCUCCUGUGGCUGGUGCCGCAGUACGUCCUCGUCGGCCUGGCCAGGGCGUUCGGCGACAUCGGCCUCGACGAGUUCUUCUACGACCAGGUGCCCGGCGGCCUGCGCAGCGUCGGGCUCGCCAUGUCCCUCAGCGUGCGGGGCGUCGGGAGCUACGCCAGCGGCGUACUCGUGUCGGGCAUCGACUGGGCGACGACGAGGGGUGGAGGCGAGAGCUGGUUCUCCGACAACCUCAACCGCGCGCACCUCGACUACUUCUACGGGAUCCUCGCCGCGGUCGCCGCUCUUGAGGUCGCCGUGUUCUUGUACGUUGCCAAGCGGUAUGUCUACAGGUACAAAGGCGAGCCAUGAUUCUUCUCAAUUUUGUAAAUCUUAAAAAUGGUUGAAAUGAAGACGUAUAGUAUUACGAUGAUGCAAAAUAUAAAUAGUACAUUGCAUAUGUGUGAAGAUGUAUAAUAUAGGAGUAGCCUGUAGAUUGAAUAUUGUGGCACCUUUUAAACCUCUGUUUAUACAUUUGGACCUAUUAUUGUCUACCUGGAACCAAACUAGUGGAUUGUCCUACACAACUUUGUAUAUGUGGAAUUGGAUUUGGUACACAAAUCGU